UUUGUUUUUUUCUAAAGUGGGAUCGGAGAGGAAUAUGGCGACGUCCCUGAUCUGCGGCCGGUUGUCGACUGGACUGAGGAAUUCCGGGUGUAGGGCGGCCCUCAGUAAUGCAUCUAAGGUACUGGGAGGGACGUCCGGCCUGUUUGGGAACCAUGGGGCACAGCAGUCUCCUCUGCAGCAGCAACAGAGGAACCUCUCCUUGCACGAGUACCUGAGCAUCGGCCUGCUGAAGGAGGCAGGCAUCUCGGUGCCGGCGGGCCUGGUGGCCAACACGCCCGAGGAGGCCUACUCCGUGGCCAAGCAGAUCGGCUCUAAGGACCUGGUGGUGAAGGCUCAGGUGCUGGCAGGAGGCAGGGGGAAGGGAACCUUUGAGGGAGGCCUGAAGGGCGGAGUCAAGAUUGUCUACUCGCCAGAGGAAGCGCGGGACAUAUCCUCUCAGAUGAUUGGCCAGAAGCUGUACACGAAGCAGACAGGAGAGAAGGGCCGCAUCUGCAACCAGGUGUUCAUCUGCGAGCGCAGAUACCCUCGCAGGGAGUACUACUUCGCAAUCACCAUGGAGAGGUCCUAUCAGGGCCCGGUGUUGAUUGGCAGCUCACAGGGAGGUGUGAACAUCGAGGAUGUCGCAGCAGAGAAUCCAGACGCCAUCGUGAAGGAGCCCAUCGACAUCGUCGAGGGCAUCAAAAUGGAGCAGGCCGUCAAGGUGGCAAAGGAAAUGGGUUUCCCCCCCGGUCUGAUAAACGAGGCAGCUGAGAACAUGAUCAAGCUGUACAACCUCUUCAUCCAGUACGACGCCUCCAUGUUAGAGAUAAACCCCAUGGUGGAGGAUUCAUCUGGCAUCGUGAUGUGCAUGGACGCUAAGAUAAACUUUGACUCCAACGCGGCGUACCGACAGAAGAAGGUGUUCGACAUGCAGGACUGGACCCAGGAGGACAUUCGAGACCGGCAGGCAGCUAAAGCCGACCUCAACUACAUCGGCCUGGACGGCACCAUCGGCUGCCUGGUCAAUGGGGCAGGGUUGGCCAUGGCCACAAUGGACAUCAUCAAGCUCCACGGCGGCACUCCCGCCAACUUCCUGGACGUAGGGGGCGGAGCCACUGCCCACCAGGUGACGGAAGCAUUCAAACUCAUCACCUCGGACAAAAAGGUGCUGGCCAUCCUGGUAAAUAUUUUUGGAGGCAUUAUGAGAUGUGAUGUCAUCGCCCAAGGCAUCAUUAUGGCUGUCACGGAUCUGGACCUGAGAAUUCCCAUCGUUGUUCGGCUGCAAGGAACGCGGGUGGAUGAUGCAAAGGCCCUCAUUGCUGCCAGUCCCCUGAAGAUCCUGGCCUGCGAUGACCUGGACGAAGCUGCAAAAAUGGUUGUAAAGCUUUCUGAGAUCGUCUCGCUAGCGAUGGAGGCCCAGGUGGACGUGAAAUUUCAGCUCCCAAUCUAGGAACCCCCCCCCCCCCCUCCUCGAGCAGCGGGAAGACCUCGUUGUCGAGAAUCAUCCUUCCAGGCAUUUUCAACCCUACCCUUCCGUAUCUCGUUUCGUUUCCCAUUCUGUUUUGGUGGUAUGGUCUCAAACCUCUGUUACAUCGGCUCUGUGCGACAGGCUUCAUCUCAGCAGAAACCCAGACUGCCCAGCUCACACGUCCACGGCCGUUUCCGCCCGUGGGCGUUGGAGUCGGUACUUCCACGACUGUAGCGUCCAAGAUUGUAGCUUCCAUUAGCUUGCCGUCACUCCGUUCCAUGGCGUUCCGUUUAAAGUUAAUCCGCGUGCCUCAUCUCCUGCUCCCAGGUGCGCCGCGCUGUUGCUCAUUCCUUCACGUUAUUUUGGCUCCGUGAAAAAAUAAGACCGAAAAACGAGGAACUGGGGAUAUUUACACCGGCUUAAAUUAUUGCCAAAGUAUGUCGUUGUUGCUGGUUCUCCGUAUGACGUUGACUGAUAUGUUUGUGUAAUCCUUGUAUCUGUGUCCUCUACAUCGGUCACCCUGCUCUGUUCCUCUGUAGAGUAGUGCUAUGUAGUACACGCACACACAGUCGCACACGCACACUCCACGGGCUGCUUGUACUUGUUGGGAGCGUGGCAGUUAGGCUCCAGCGAACCCCGGCGGGUUUUGAGUUUUAAUCUGUCAGCAGGGGCAGCAUUACUGUUUCUCACUCCUCCCGUUUUUAAGGUGUGCCUUUGAGGAUCGGUAUUGACAGAUGAGUAAGAUAUGGAGGAGGGGUGGGAGCCAUUUUGGAUUAAUCGCAACUGUUGAGGUGGCAGCAUUAGCCUUUGAGAGCAGACAGGACUAUUGAUUGUAACGGAGACUCAUCCAGCAGCCGCACCUAGCGACAGGAUGUGUGUUUUCAGCCCGAAAGGGAGAGGGUUCUCCUGCUGUGCAUAGAUGCGGUAUUCAUAAUUGCGACGGUUUAAUUGAAAGUAUUUCAAGGCCCUUUCAUUCAGUCUCAUCUUUACGAUUAUCUGACGUUACCCUUCAAAUUAUUUUUAAAGAAGGUACCAUAAAUUACAAGUACUACUGGUGAUAUAAAAGUUUUUUGGGUUUUUUUCUCAGCAGCAGCUGUUUUCACUCACCUUGCAUGUGUAGUCAGCUUAAGGAUCUGGUACAGUAAAUAUAUGGUGAAUACUUUUACAUUUUCAUUUGAAUGGCAAGGUUUCCUGAGCAGCAAGAGGACCUUGUGGAGACUCCAGUAGAUGAAAUCACUCCGAAUAGAGGUGUAACUGAGAGACUGUGGUUUCCUGGCAGUGCUGCCCCCCUCCCAGUGACAGCCUGUCGUGUGCUGGUCUGGCCACCGUGUCGACAGAACCCCGUCCCUCCCCAUUAGCUGCUGUAACCAGGGAGAAGAACGCACAUUCUGGACCGGUCCUUGGAUCCCCUGGCCCUCCAGACGAAACACUUCACAAAAUGUUUUAAUUUGUUUUGUAAAUAACAAGACCUCUUCUGUAUGAUAUUUAAGAGGCUCAGGGGCGUGGGGAUAAAAGAAAAUAUUAAAUGCAUUGAACACCAAAAA